AUGGUGUGGAGAAAAUCGGGAACGGAGCUCCAGCCACAGAAUUUGGUCCCAACCGUAAAACACGGUGGCGGCAACCAGAUGUGGGGUUCAAUGGUGGCCUCUGGACCUGGAACCAUGGAAUUUAUUGAUUCAACGAUGAACAAGAUGGGUUAUUUGAACAUCCUCAAGCAUAACCUGCAGGCUUUCGUGGAUAAAUUGGGUCUACCUCGUGAUUACUGGUUCCAAAAAGAUAAUGACCCCAAGCAUACCGCUUUUGUCUCGCCGGAUCUGAACCUGAUAGAACACCUCUGGUGGGAGGUCAAGAAUCGGCUGAAAAAUAAAAAUCCCAAGAACAAGGCAGAGCUCAGAAUGGCGAUUAAGGAGAUCUGGGAGAACUUUCCAUCCAGUGUGACCAUAAACCGCGUCGAAUCGAUGUCACGACGCUUGCAAGCAGUGCUAGAUGCCAAAGGCGGUCAUACCAAAUACUAA